AUGAAACAGGCCCCUGGGGCUGGAAAAUACAGGAGUGAAUCAUACAGAGAAAGGAGAGAGAGGGAAAUAAAAAGAGGGAGAGAGAGAAAAAACAACACGGGAUUAUUUCGGGUAUUCCCCUCAACUGAUAUCUCUAGAAUAUUAUUCAGACCCUGGUUGGUAAUCUAAAUUAAUGUUGAUGUGACACGGGUCCCCUCUUUCUGGACUGACAAUUUAUGACGUUUAUUGAACAUCAAAAACUUAUUAAAUGAUAUAGUUUUAAUUUUUUUUCAGAUGAAUACACUUUUUCACGUUUCGUUUUGUCCACCUCCGAGAGCUAGAGUCGUCUGAAAAAAGACAACUUGCGUUUGGUGAAAGAUCAAAAAGGGAAAAUCACUGGCGCUGCAUAGCAUAUUCUGAUUGAAAUAGUCAAGAAAACAUCACAGCUACAUGUACUAUUUGGUCUUAUUUGAGUCAAAAUAUCCGUAUCUCCGGUGAUCAGUAAAUGUUACAAAAUCCAGCAUUUGAGAAGGACUUAAAGUAAACAACAUGAAACGGCCAAGUUCUGGAGAGGUUCCUCCACUAAAGAGGAUAACAAACAAUGAGAGUGAAAGAAGCUUGACAGUUGAACAGAAUUUCGGGUAUGAAGGAGUCUCAAGAAACCAGAGUAGUACCCAAUCAAUCCGACCAUUUCCCAUCAUGCCAAUAUCAAGAUUCAGCCAGAAGUUCCCGUUCUUCAGACAGCCCACAGAAGUUGGACAUUUCUCUCUCGAUUCCAAGAGGCAUGUCCAUUGUGACGCGAGGCUGCUGAAGGUCUACUGUCCUCCGGCCGAUCCUCGUCGGACCAAUUUUGACCUCAGGAAAGGGUACAGAGAUUUUAUCAAACGAGAUGAUGAUGUGAAGGAGAGAUUGAACAAUAUUACUAAAUGGAUGACAGAGAAUAAAAGUCUCAUCACUGCCCCACCCAGCACGGAAGGAUGUGAAAGUAAAUCCAAAGCACAUGAAAGUACAAGCAGUAAAUGUGAAAGAAUCAACGCUGAUUUUGUUAUGUGGAGAGGCCACAUGACAAAGUUCCUCUGCACACCGUACGAGAACCGAGAAGGCUGGGCUAUGGCUGUCACUCUCUUCCGAGGGACGUAUUACAUCAGUGAGGUGGAGACAGAGGAGAACAGAGCAAGGAGAAAAGGCAUGUCUGACCACGAGCAGGAAAUGUCCUAUUGGGGGUAUAAGUUUGAACAAUAUGUUACAAGUGAUAACGAAAGAAGUCGACCAGACACGACCAGGCCUGUGGAUAGUCACGAAGCCUUCUGUUCGGUUAUUAGAACCCGGUUGGAGUCUCACUCGUUGCUCUACAGCGGCGAGGUAGACUGCAGGAUACCGUACUCGAAGAAGAAACCUCCAGAAAAUUACAUGGAACUCAAGACAACAAGGAUAUGGUAUAAACAGAACAAUGAGAGAAAUUUCUACAGAUUUAAGCUUCUUAAGGUUUGGGCCCAGUCCUUCUUGGUCGGUAUCCCAGAAGUGAUAUUUGGUUUCCGUGAUGAUGAGGGCGUCGUUUCAUAUCUAAGAUCAUUCCAGACUAUGCAAAUGACCAAUAGUUCACAGGGUAUGUGGGAUGGUGCCGUCUGCUUUAACUUUGCCAAUCAGCUUCUGUUGUACAUCAAGGAAAUUGUGACAAUAGAUGAUCCUAAGGUUGUAUACAUGCUAGAGAGAGCUCCGGGGUCAUCAGAGGUCACUUGUAAACUACAUGCAGAAGGAGAUGAACAGUUUUUAUCUAAAGAAUAUAUUGAUUCAUUCAAUAGUUAGUUUUAUCAGGAAGUAAACUUACUGCAUAAUCUUUUUUUCCCAAUUUUAAAAAAAAACCAUAUACAUGUAAUUGUCUU